AUGACGGGCGCGAGGGGCAGCCCCCGCUGCGGGCAGGUGUGGGCACUGGUCCUCACGCUGCUGCUGGCAAGCCGGCCGGCCACCACCAAGCUCCUGCAGCCAAAGAAAGGCCUCGAGUCAAGCCCGUUGACAGAGGUGAAGGUGCUGGAAGGGGGAAAGGUCGUUCUACCGUGUGACGUCUCCCCUCCGAUCUCAGACGAUGGUACUAUUCUCGUCCUCUUCUACCGCGGCUCCUUCAAAACGCCCAUAUACAGCAUCGACGGGCGGAACGGGCCGGUGCGGGGAGGACAGCACUGGUCGGACGAGAAGGCCUUGGGCGGGCGGGCCUUCCUGGAGCUGGUGGGACGCACGCCUGGGCUGGUGCUGGAGGCCGUGCGUGCCUCGGACCAGGACCUGUACCGCUGCCGUGUGGACUACGACAUCCACCCCACCAGGAACGUCCGCGUGCAGCUCAACGUCAUCGUUCCCCCCAAGCGCGUGCGAGUGGUGGGCGAGGCGGGGGUCGAGGUCAGCGGCGUCAUCGGCCCUUACCCCGUUGGCUCAUCCCUCACCCUGCACUGUCGCGUGGAGAAUGGCCGUCCACCUCCAACUGUGACGUGGUGGACGACAACGACCUUACUGGACAACGUGAGCGAGGAACAGCGGGCUGGGUACACUGUCAACACGCUCACCCUCCCCACUCUCACACGCGCCGACCUCAACCGUGUCCUUACCUGCCAGGCCGCGAACUCCAACCUGUCAGCUCCCGAGGCGGUCACUCUUACUAUCGACAUGACCUUUCCUCCCGUCGUGGUGAAGAUCCUGGCGCCGCAGGGGGAGCUGGUGGAGGGGCGCCACUACAAGGUGGUGUGCGAGGCAUCAGGGAGCCGCCCCAAGGCCAAGAUUACGUGGUGGAAGGAUGGGAUGCUCAUGACAGACGCGACCAUGCAGGUGUUUCAGGAGGGCAACGUGAGCCGCUCCACGCUGCAGCUGAAGGCCUCGCUGGGGGACGACAACCAGGACGUGGUGUGCCGCGCCGAGAACCCGCUGCUACCCGCUCAAGUACAAGAGGACAAGCUCAAGCUGGACGUUCGAUACAAGCCGCGGCUCUCCCUGGCGGCCGGGCUGAACCUGGACAUGAACGAUAUCAAAGAGGGAGACGACGUGUAUUUCGAAUGCAGCAUCAAGGCCAACCCGAGAGUCUACAAGGUCCAGUGGUAUCAUGACGGGAAGGAACUCAGCCACAACGUCUCGGCCGGCGUGAUCAAGAGUAACCAAAGUCUAGUGCUCCAGCAAGUGUCACGUCGCUCCUCGGGUCUCUACACGUGCUCGGCGGCUAACCUGCAGGGCGCUGGUGACUCCCGCCCCGUCGAGCUGAGCGUGAAGUUCGCGCCCACGUGCCGCCCCGGACAGAAGGUCGUGUACGGCGCCGGGAAACACGAGCAGCUGAAUGUCACCUGCAGCGUCGAGGCUCACCCGGCACCCGACUCCUUUAGGUGGGCCUUCAACAGCUCGUCGGAGGUGGAGGAGCUCCCCACCUCGGACGUGCACCAGGUGGACACCGAGACCAGCCAGGUGACAUACACGCCUCGCUCACACCUUCACUACGGCUCGCUCCUCUGCUGGGCCACUAACAUCGUCGCCCGACAGAUCCAGCCGUGCAUCUUCCAUAUCAUCCACGCCUCGCCUCCGGACCCCGUCAACAACUGCACGGUGGAGAACAUCAGCUCGACGGGGGUAGGUGUGCGCUGCCAGGCCGGGUGGGACGGGGGCCUGGCGCAGACAUUCACCCUCUCCGUCAGCCAGGCGAGGGGACACACGCGCGGCCAGGACACCAAGAAGGCUCCACGCGUGCUUGCCAACACUUCAACGUCCCCGAGACCUGAGUUUUCCUUGGCGGGGCUCGAGCCGGGCACCGAGUACGUGCUCACAAUCCACGGCACCAACAAGAAGGGUCAGAGCGAACCUGUGCGGCUGGCGAUCUUCACCCUCAAGGACGUGGCUGAAAAGCGCACGAGUCCAGGCGUGGGAGUGGUCGGCCUCACCCCCAUCGUCGGCGUGGUGGCUGGGGUGGCUACGUCGGUGGUGGUGACGUGCGUGGUGAUGGUGGUGGUGGUGAAGGUGCGCCGCCGCUCAGCACCACGCGCCGAGGUCAAGAUGGUGUACGCGAAGGGCGCGGGGGGACCGUCCCAGGGCAGAGGCCAGGAGGAGGCCAGCGAGGGCGGCGACGAAAUCAACCCAGACCUCAUCCCUGUCAACCACGACCACCAGGUGAAGGACGCCUCGCAGGGCUUCCCAGGCGAGGGCAUCCCUGAAGGAGCGUCGCCCCACGAGCCGCUGGAUGAGUUUAAGCGCGAGGCGGCCCACCCUGACCUGCAGAGUGACCUACAGCGGGAGGACCCAGCGGCCGGGGAAUCCUACGGCUCCUUCUACACGCCGCCGCUCUCUCUCCUACGGCAGAGGCCAUCCCUGCUGCCGCGCGAGGGUGACCCGCUGCUCCAGCUCGGCCGCAACCUGGUCUCCUCCUCCCCGCCACCCCCCGCCCCCCGAUCGUCCGCAUACUUGCCCUCGCAUGACAUUCCUUCCUACCCACACAUGUCUUCCACGCCCUCCUCCCCGUCCUACCCGCACGACCUGGCGUCCCUCCACAUAGCCCUACCCAGAGAGCCUCCCUACAGCCACGCCGCGCCUUCCUACGCACGCACGCAGCCGUUGUUUCCUGUGUCUUAUAGGAAUCAGUUUUCGACACUUCCUUCGCGCUCCUACGCCCACCACCGUCUCAGUUUAGGGCAGAACGAGAUGCUGGAGCGCCUGACCCCAACGCUGUCCUCGCUGAGGCGCCGCGGCUCCACCUCCAUGGUCGCAGGCAGCCCGGACAGAGAGGUGACUCUGGCUCAGCUUAUUGACCCCAAGACGGGGCUCGACUUCGGCUCCAGCCAGCGGGAGAGCUCCGUGUAGCCGCGAGGGAGACGCUCGGGGAAGAUCAUAGGAAACAAGUUGUGAGAACGGCCCAGUAGCGGCCUUAGUCUCCAGGGAAGAGCUACGCGUCUGUAGCAUUCAGUCUUCGAGGAGAACGUAGCUGUGAGAAAACUAAAAUUCCUGCUCUGGAUUAGAGAUGUUAAAUUUUUACAACCUUAGUUAAAUUUUUAAUCUUCAACGAGUCAAGGUAAAUCCAAGGCUGUUUGAGGGAGGAAAGGAAUCCCUCUGUGAGUGUAGCCUCGAGGCGGCGCCAUUGUGGCCGCUCUGGAGGACUGAUGGACCUGGACGGUGGUGUCAGGGCGCUGCGGGGCCGCUGCGUGCUGCUUUGUGUGUUAUGUCGUGACGCAUAACGGAAUGUCAUAUCGUGUGUGUGCGUGUGCGUGUGCGUGUGUGUGUGUGUGUGUGUGUGUGUGUUGCAGCAUGACAGGUGACACUGAAACUCUCCGUCUGUGUGUCAGCGUGGCGGCACACUUCUGAGGGCCACACGCGCGGGCCACCCUUCCCGAGACAGGCCCCGAUACUGUUGGGCCGCGGGGCCUUCACUGCCUGCAGCACGCCGGAGCCUCAGAGCCGAGUCACGCCUGGACCUUCCGCGGCCACGCCUGGAGCCUCACCGGGCGUUGCAGAAGACAUGUAAAUGUAAAUAUCUCGCUACCUUGUAAAAUGAGUAGAAUUAUUUUUUGUACAUAAUCCUGUUUCAUCUCUCGAAGUGUGACAAGCAUGAGGGGCAAUCACUCAUUUUGUACACGACGCAUGAAGGUGUUAAAUGUGGUGUCCGUGUGUGUAGGGGGGA